CGGGCGGAGGAGAGGGGCACGUCAUAUCUUCUGCAGUUCUCGUUGUGGAAGGUGUUCUAGAGUGUGGUAGUGAUUUUGAGUUUGCGCUUGAAGUUUUUUCUGAUAUUUUCAGUGUUAAAUUUCGAAUUGUGCUUAGAAUUUUCUUCUCUAUCAGUUCUCCUCUGCAGCUUUAAAUAAAGAUGCAAAACAAAAUGGACAACACUGAACCAAAAGGAAUAAAAGGUGAUGUUCAUCAACACCCAAUGAUGUCUGGACAAGAAGAUAAUAAAGAUUUGAAACAAUCUGUGAUGGAAGGCCAAGUUACAAUUCAGGAAAUGAUUCCUGAUGUUGAGGAUUACAAAUGUGAACAAACCCAAACAUCAGAUUGCAUUCCGCAAGAACCUAUGCAGAAAGACCAAGAUAACAUUCAGGAAAAGGUUCCUGAUGAUAAUGAAGGCCAAAAUACAGUUCAGGAAAAGCCAUCUUUUGAUAAAGAAAUUGAGGAUCAUGUUAACAAAAAUGAUUCUGAUGAUUUAAAACCACCUAUAUUAGAACGCCAAGACAUGCAGGAAAAGGUUCCUGAUGAUAAUGAAGGCCAAAACACUGUUCAGCCAUCUUUUGAUAAAGAAAUUGAGGAUCAUGUUAACAAAAAUGAUUCUGAUGAUUUAAAACCACCUAUAUUAGAACGCCAAGACAUGCAGAAUGGAGAUAACAAACUAGAUGAAUACAAGGAUCCAGAGGGAACUAAUGGAGAAAAUGAAGAUGAUAAAGUUGAUAAAGACAAGGAACUAGGAGCAAGUAGCGAUGAAGAUAAUAGGGAUAAUGAUGAAGAGGAAGAUGACGAUUAUGCGAGCCAGAGUGAGGAUAGUGACGUUAAUGAAGAUGAUACACUUGAUGAAGACUAUGAUCCAAGAGCAAGUAGCGAUGAAGAUAAUAGGGAUAACACUGAUAACGGUGACGAUUAUAUGAGUGGGAGGGAGGAUAGUGACGAUACUACAUCUUCGGGAGCUUUGGUUAUAGACAUAGGAGGACUGACUAAAAUACCAUAUGCUUUUUCACCUAUUGGAUGGGACAACUGGUCAACUGCAUUAAAAAUGGGAUUAUCAAAUGCUAUUAUCAAAGAACUUCAAGCAGCUAUUAUGCCUCUGAUAAAUCAGAGAACUCCAAGACAGGAGUACAGACAACCAGGGAUUCCACUGUUCGCCAUACCUGACUGGAUAAGAAAAGAAGAAGAAGAAAUUAGAAAACGGAGGCAGAUUAUGUGGGAAACGUACUACAAGGAUUUGGUCGAAGAUGGAACCUUGGGUCAUCCAUUGCACAACUUAUUAAAACGCUCUAACCAAUUAACUGAAGAGGAAUCUCCUAAAGAGAAAAAAGUUAAGCUGGAUGAUCCACUUUCAUUGGCACCUAAAGGCGAAAUGAUUCCAAAAUUGGUUGAACCAGGCUGUUCAGGGGUGAAUCAAGUCGCAGAAGACAAGGAUAAAGAAGAGCCUGAAGAGAUCCCUGAGUACUUUAUGCAGGUUAAUUCGAAGAUUGGUAUGGAAGUUAUUGAAAUUGAUUUGGAGUUUUCAAAAUUAAUUAAGAAUUAAAUUUAAGGAAAGAUUUUCUUUGUAUUAUUUUAAAAAAUGUUUACUCUAUCUAUGUUUAUUUUUUUUUUUAUUAAAAAUAAUCAUGUUAUUUUAUUUGUUCAUUUUAAUAAUAUAUAUAUGUGUGUUAAGUCGUUUUCAUUAAAAUAAUUUGUCAAUAAUAAAAAUGUAACUUUAGUUUAUACCUGUUAUUUUAUGUGAAUUGUUACAUCAAAUAUAAGUUUAAAAUUUCAACUAUACAAUUUAUAAAUAACUAGAUACAUAGUUAUUAUUCUAUGAUGAAGCAUUAGUUUUCAGUUUAUUGAUGAAAAAUAGGAAUUAUUUAUUGUAACAAUAUAGAUUAUUACAAUCUUUUUAUUAGUUGUUGGAAGAUUUUAGCUAAAAUUAUUUUGAUGAAAAACUACGACAUUGUUGUAAAAAUCAAAAUGAUAUACAUAUGCUAAGUUAGUUCCAAAAGCACACCAAAAAUUAUUAUUUAAUCAUUUGAAUAAGUUUCUAUUUACAGGUUUAUAAAUUACAGGCAUUUAAUUUAACUCAAUAUUGACUUAUAUUAAAGAAAUAAUAUUGAGAGAAUCAUGUUAGCUAAUUUAUAUAUAAUUGCUAACAAAUGCAACUAAUACAUACCAUAUAGUAAAAAUACAUUAACAAUUUUAUUAAAAUUCUUUUUAAUAUAACAAUUAUUAUUAUAUAAAUAAAUAAGCAUUUAAUGAUUUUCAAUAUUAUUUCACUAUUUAAAUAUUACAUAUUUGUUAGUUAUAUAAUUAUUAAUAUAUAGUUUUACCCUUAUUGUAUGUUAUUUACCCUUAAUGUGUUAUUUACCCUUAAUGUGUUAUUUACCCUUAAUGUGUUAUUUACCCUUAAUGUGUUAUUUACCCUUAAUGUGUUAUUUACCCUUAAUGUGUUAUUUACCCUUAAUGUGUUAUUUACCCUUAAUGUGUUAUUUACCCUUAAUGUGUUAUUUACCCUUAAUGUGUGUAUUAUAACAUUUGUACCACCUUUAAGUAUUCAUUAUAAUAGCAAUACCAUUUUAACAUGUAUAUUAUAAUACAUAGUUAUAUCAUCUAAAUGUUUUCAUAAUUAUAGUUAUUUUACUCCCGAUAUGUUCAUUAUAAUAGCUAUUUACAUCACUUAUAUUGUUCUUUAUAAUAGUAAUACCACCCCUUAUGUUCCCCUCAUAUGUUCAUCCCUUGAUAAUAUUUAUAUUCUUAAUGUGUUCAUUAUAAUUGUCACAGAACCUUAAUCUGCACAUUAUGAUAGUUAUACCACCUUAGUGUGUUCAUUAUAAUAGUUAUAACUAUGUAUUCAGAUAAAUAAAUGUUUUAUUUGGUAAUAUUUCUUAAAAAUAAAAAAAAAAAGAAAAAGAA